AUGAUCGAGAACAAUGAGAAGUCGAUGAGGAGAAGGCACCUGGAUUUUGUCAGGAUAGAAAGGAUAGGCCAAGGGCGAGUUCAAUUGUCGAUGAAAUGCGAUGAGGAAGGCAAGAAAAUGAAGUGGAUCGCUUGUCAGAAGAGGAGAAGAAGGGAUCCGCUUGAGCUAUCGAUCCAAAUCAAGAAAGCCUUUGUUGACUUCUACCGUAUCGCUGCAACUGGUGCUCGUGUAGAUGUACCCAACUUUAUGGAACAGCAAACACAACCCGCGGAACGUGGUUCUUCAACCGAAUUGCCUACGAUUUUAGUGGAUCGCCUAAGAGAAGUUUUCAGAGGGAGCGAAGUGGAUCGACUUCGACUAAAUGAGAUGGAACUGUCUGACGAGGCUCUGCACCAAAUUGGAUCGUGUUUGCGCAGCACAAAUUGUCGUGUUCGCCUUCUGUCGCUCGAGCUGACCUCGCUGUCCUCGGUCAGCCCUUCCGCGCUGCUGCAAUUUGUCCGCGACGUCGCCCCGACGGACCUAGUUUUUCGAAUGCUUCGCGGGUGCACCGAGCAGCACUUCGGGCCAGAGAUGUGCCGGUUCAUCGUUUCGCGACGGUUCUUCAGUGUUUCCGAACUGAUCGAUGCUCAGGGCAACGAUAUCCUGCUUUCCCUGGACGAUUCUCUCUUAAGUGAACUUUCCGCUUCCACGUUCCAAAUUGCCGUGCCCAGUUCGAUUACGGUAGACGGCUUACGGUCAUUCUUAAAGGCGUUUGCCAGUGGAAAAAGAAGUCUUGAAAAUGCUAGCAUCAAGACGAGUUUUCCACUUCGAGAACGCUUUCCCCCUACUGCGAAUGCAAAGAUUUUUAUCGAAGACGAGAAGACCAUCAAUAUCUAUUCGCAGGCAGCGCUUCAAGCUGUUUGCUAG